GAAAACUGUUUCAUAUUAUUUCUGAAAUUCAUCUUAGAAGCAAGCUGUUAACUUUUCUUCAGUAUGGAUGUGACAGGAGCAUUUUUCAACAAACUGCGAACUUUAUCAGUCACUUUGGAGAAGCAGGCUGAGCAAUUUAAGCAAAUUUUUCUUGGAGAAGAUGGAGAAUUUGAAGAUGAUUCUCCAAUGAGAUAUCUACAUGAACUGUACUCUGAAGUCAGAACACUAAAGGGUGAUGCUGAUAAUAUUCUUCAUACGAGUUCUUCAGAAAGAGAUGCCACAUAUGACUUCAUAAAGGCCAGUAAAGUUCUGAUGAAAAGAAAUGCAACCGACCUUGGAAAAAUAAGAGACCUGUUUCAGAAAUAUGGUUACAAGCCACUUAUUCACAAUAAUGAAGCAAUAAAGGAUGAUGCUGAAAUCAACCCUGGGUCUACUAUAUCUGAUCCAAUAGAGCCAAAACAACCUGAUUUUCCUGGAAAAUCAUCUGUAUCUCAUAGUCCCCUGCAAAUUCCUCAACUUUCAGAUUUUGGGCUUUCAAAAUAUGCCCUUCCAAGUUCUUCAGACACAGUACACAUUCCACAUACCCAGGAGGAAGAGAUGAAAGUGGAUGAAUCUGAGUAUUUAUCACCCAAAGUAGAGCACUUCCAUAUCCAUGGGCGUGAUCUGUCUGUGAAUGAUGAAACCACAAAUUUAAUGGAAGACCAAACAAUCUUCUUACUUAAUAAUGCAAGAAAAAAUAAAUCAGCAGUGGCAAUAGUAUCAAAUAAGAACAUGGCAGCACUCAGGCAACCAAACAAAGUAUGUGACUAUGAUUGUAUGGCUUCACCUGCUGCACCUGAGUUCUGCACACCUGGUGUGAAAAUUCCCCAAAGAAAGACCACUGUUUUAUCAGAAUCUCCAGAAGGAAAUUAUUUGGAUGUUCCUAAACACACAACAGAAAUACCUCUACUUGACAUAAAAUCUCUGCGAAUACAACCUACAGAUGUAAAUACCACUAAGAUACUGCCAGAUAGUGAUCUUAUAAAAGGCGAUGUUCUACCUGUCCUGUGCUCAGACAAAUAUCUGGAAUGUAUUGAAGAACCUUCUCCUCCAGCAAUAUCAGAAUUUGAGAACCUCUUUAGUUCACCAUUACCACCGCCUGAAAUAACUGUGAUUCCAAAGGAGCUUCUGCAGAUUUUAUCCAAGUACAAUCCAAAUAUAGAAAUACCCAGAUCAGCUGAGAAAGGAACCAAAGAAGGAAGUGCUUCACAGUUUGAAAAAGAGCAAUUUCUUUGUACUGAUAACAAAGAAAACAGAAAAUACUCUGGAUGAAAUGAAGACAAAAUCUGCGUUUUUUUCUUCUGACUACCAAGCUAAAGAGGUUUCAGGCAACUUAAUAGGAAUAAAAAACUACUUUGUAAAAUAUAAAUGUAACUGUUUAAUUUCAAACUAUUAAAACUUUUUUUUUACUCUUCUGUUAAAAUUAUUAAAAUGAAAUAAAGAACAUAAAUAUAACUACA